AAGGCAAAGAAGGCCAAGAAGCUCGCCAAGAAGGCAAAGAAGGCUGUUCGAAAGCUUUUGAAGAAACUUCGCAAGAUUUUGAGAAGAAAGAAGAAACUCUCCAAGAGUGCUCGUCGUGCUAGACGUAGACUCAUUAAGCGUAUCAAGAAGGCUCUGAGAAGAAAGCAAAGAAUUGCAAGACGUCGUGCAAGAGCUGCUAGACGUGCCAAGAGAAGAGCUGCAAUCAAGAAGGCUCGUAGAAAUAGAAGACGUGCAUUGAGAAGACGUGCUGUCCUCAAGAAGCUUGCCAAGUUGAGAAGACGUAAGGCUACUGCUGCUCGUAGAAGAAGAAUUCCAAUGAUCAAGAAACUCAGACGUCUCAGAAAGGGAUUGAAGAGAAGAAAGGCUUUGAAGAGAGCCAGACGUAAUAGAAGACGUGCUGCUUUGAAGAGAGCAAGACGUAAUAGAAGACGUGUCAAUAGAAGACGUUCCAAUAGAAGAGCUGCUGCUAUCAAGAAGGCCCGUAGAAAUAGAAGACGCUCUGCCUUGAAGAGAGCUAGACGUGCCAGACGUGCUGUCUUGAAGAGAAGACGUGCUGCUUUGAAGAGAGCAAGACGUGCCCUCAUUAAGAGACAAAGAAAGCUCAAGAGACGUGCAUUGAAGAGAGCAAGACGUGUCAGACGUGCUGCAUUGAAGCGUGCUAGACGUGCUUGUAAGAAGGCUAAGAGACGUGCAUUGAAGAGAUCAAGAAAGUUGAGAAGAAAGGGUACACGUGCUAAACGUAUUGCCAGAAGAGCUAUUAAACGUGUGAGAAAACUCGUGAGAAAGUUGAGAAUUUGUAAAUCCAAGAGAGCUGCUAAACGUGUCAGACGUGCUUUGAGAAGAGCAAGACGAGUUGCUAGAAAACUCAUUAGACGUUCUCGUCGUGUCUGUAAGAAGGUCAAGCGUGCUUUGAAGAGAACCAAGAGAGCUAAGAGAGUUUGUAAGAAGCUCAAGAGACGUGCUGUUAGAAGAGCAAGAAAGGCUAAGCGUGUUAUUUUGAGAAGACUCAAGAAGAGAUCCUCUCGUAGAUACAAGAAACUCAUCAAGAGAAUUUCCACCACUGUGAUCAAGAGAAAGACUUCUCGCAAGAUUAGAAAGUUGUUGAGAAAAGUCUUGAGAAAGCAAAGAAAAUUGGGUAAGAGAUAUUGUCCAAAGAAGCACUUGCCUCGUAAGCUCAAGAAGGUCUUGAAGGCUUUGAAGAUUAAGAUUAUCAAGUGUAGAAAAGGAAGAAAGGCAAGAAGAGUCCGUAGAAGAAGAGGUGGUAGAAAGGUUAAGAGAUCUAGAAGAGCUAGAAGAGCAAGAAGAAGAGUUGCCGUUAUUGGCAGAAAGCUUGCCAGAGCUCUCCUCCGUGUCUCUAAAUGCAAAAAGUUUUAA